AUGAUUCAAUACGAGAAUCCUAUCGAUAUUAAAGAGGUGAAGUCCAAUGAGAUGAAUCACAGAAAUAUUCUUGAUACGUCUGAUCUAUCAAAGGAUUCAUUUCAAUCCAUAGAAAAACCUGGCACAGUGCAACGAAAGGAUAGUUCUUCAUCGUUAUCAGAGAAUAACUUGUUACCGUCUACUCCAAGCUCAUACAAAAACAAUAAUUUGGAAAACAAUCUCGAUAAUAAUCUUGAAAUACUCAGUAAUGAUACAUCACCGUCAUCUACAGAUUCGGAAAACCGUGAUUUGGUGAAGUUGAAUACAAAUUCCACUAUAAUUCAAAAUUUCGAAAUCGACCCUUUACAAAAAAUUUAUACCAACGACAGGACUGAUACUGUAAAGGAAGGAUCAUCUUCCCAGAUGAAAACUCAUAAAGAUCAUAAUGCGGGACUUAGUCAUUUAGUUCAUCCAUCAAAUAAAUUUUCCAGAAGACAUACAACUAACGAUUUAAACAAUUACAAGUUGAAGCACACUAAUGACCAAACAUCCAUCACUUCAUCACAUCAGCAUCAAACCAUGAAAUUAUUUCCCAUCAAAAGGUUGAGUUUAGAUAACCAUAUUACUCAAUCACCAAAAAAAUUGAACUCCAAUGACUCGGCUAAUAGUGAAAUUCAAAGGAUGAGAAAUUCAGUCAUUUUAAAACGUAACAAUCUCAAGAGGAAACGUAAAGAAUUCUAUGAUGAUGAUAAAGUAUUGAUAGGUAACAAGAUUAGUGAAGGUCACGAAAAUUUCGUCAUGGCUUAUAAUAUGUUAACUGGUAUUAGAGUUGCAGUUUCAAGGAUGAGUGGUGUUAUGAAAAAACUAAAUGAUGAAGACUUCCGGAGCUACAAAAAGUUAACUUUCAAUAUAGACGGAAGCGAAUUGACUCCUUCUUCUAAAUAUGAUUUCAAAUUCAAAGACUAUUGUCCUGAAGUUUUCAGAGAAUUGAGACAAAUUUUUGGCUUAGAUCCUGCGGAUUAUUUGAUUUCGAUCACAGGAAAAUACAUAUUGUCGGAACUUGGUUCCCCAGGGAAAAGUGGUUCAUUUUUUUAUUAUUCAAGAGACUUCAGAUAUAUAAUUAAAACUAUUCAUCAUUCUGAACACAAACAAUUGAGAAAAAUCCUCAAAGAGUAUUAUAACCAUGUCAAGUCAAAUCCUAACACAUUAGUGAGUCAAAUUUAUGGUUUGCACAGAGUAAAAAUGCCAUUACUUAAUGGAGUAAAGAGAAAAGUCCAUUUCAUCGUUAUGAAUAAUUUGUUUCCACCACAUAGAGAUAUACAUUUGAGAUUUGAUUUGAAAGGAUCAACUUGGGGAAGAUACACAAGACAGAGUGAUGAAUCACACGAUAGUAACAAACCAUUAAAGGAUUUAAAUUGGUUGGAAUUACAUCAAGAAAUCAAGUUCGGUCCGAACAAGAGGAAGGUAUUUUUCGACCAGUUGGACAAAGACGUGAAAUUUCUCAAAAAUAUUAAUGCUAUGGACUAUUCAUUACUAUUGGGGAUUCAUGAUGUGAAGAAUAAGAAUAAAGUUUAUGUCAAUUCCAAUAAAAACUUAUCAAUCUUCGAUCCAAUUUCCAACAAGAAAAAUGAGUUGAUUAAAACCAACCCAAGAGAUAUUAAUGAAAAUGAAUUACCUAAUGAUGUAUAUCCUGGUAGAUCAAAAUUCAUCUUUUAUGGUCAUGACGGAGGUAUAAGAUCUACCAAUGAAAACAAUGAACCGCUAUCAGAAAUCUACUACCUCGGAAUAAUUGAUUUUUUGACAAACUAUUCAUUGAGGAAAAGAUUGGAAACAUUUUGGAGGUCAUUAAGUCAUAAUAGGGAAACCAUAUCAGCUCUACCGGCCAAAGAAUAUGGGGAAAGAUUCUUGAAAUUCAUCAAGAAAGGUACAAGUAAUUUCAAGUCCAAGAGGGAUUGA